UGUCACUGUCACUUUCGACAUUCACUAUCUCACCAAUAAUGUCAAAUCUAUUAAACAUGAAGUAAAAGUAUCACAUUUAAAUACUUAUAAUAAACUAAAAAAAAAAACAUAAAAAAAAUGAAUUUCUUUAACCUGAGUAAAUUAGCUACAACUUUGAAUUUCGGAAGUUACGGGAGAUUUUUGGAAUGCCGAACUGCUACAACGAAAACAAUAAUAACAGCUGAUGGGAAGGAUGUUCCUAAAAGGAAAAACUAUGAAAACAGAAUAACUUUGAUAAGUCCAGAUAGUUCUGUUAGCAUUACCGAUUUAAAGAAUGCACAAAGUAUAUCUCUAAGGCGUGAAUUAAAACUUGUUAAGGUUCAAGAUGUUGAUUCUAAAACUAGACGACCAGUGUACAAAUUGAUGACAAAUGCUGAAUAUCAUGCAGAGGAGUUAGCAAAAAGAAAAGAAAAACAGGCCGCUCGUCAGAACAGUUUUAUUAAAGGUGAAAAACUUUUGACCUUAUCCUCAAGGAUAGGGCAGCAUGACCUGAUGACUGGUGUCAAGAAAAUGUUGAAACUGUUGGAAAAGCAUUAUGAAGUUAGAGUAGUAAUUGCAGGAGAUGAUUCUGAAGCCUCAGUCAAAUCUGAGAAAAUUUACUCUGUGAUAGAGAAUGAAGUUAAAUCAGUCAGUAAGGUGGUCCAGAAGAGAUUAAAGGGUAACAGUCUAAGAUUUCAAUUAUUACCAAUAAAAGAAACCAGUCCUCAAGGCUACAAUAGUGAUAGAUCUCAAGGGUCUAAUGCUGAUAGUACUCAACCCCCGCUUAACGAUAGUCCUAAAAACCAGAAUAAUGAUAAAAAGCCACUGUGACUAGUGGCUUUUGUAGUAGUCCUAAUGACAGUAAAAUAUACACUUUGGAAUAAAUAUUACUUCAAUAAAAAAGAUGGUGACCCUGUAAAGUAUUCAAAACCAGUAAGUAAUGAAUUUAAUGGCUUUUGAGAGUUGUUGUGCUGUUACUACAGAUACUGUCUGUCUGCAUAAUAUAAAAAAAUAUAUAUAGACAUGAUACUUUAGUUUCAAUAAUUCGGGCUAGUACCUCAUACAGUAUGUGUACCUUCUAGCCCUGAUUUAGAGCUUCAUCAGUGGAAUGCUAACACAAUUAAAAAUGUUCCUAAUGUUGAAAUAGAUUUUUGAAUUGUGUUACAAGAUUAUAUAUCCGAAUUUGGUUGUGUCAGAACUCUCAAGAGCACAUUUCUUUUAUAUUUACUACUUUCAAAACUAGUUAUUACAUGUCAGUUAUCAUUAUCUGUAUGUGUUUGAGUAGGUUUAAAAGAAAAUGCUUCAUAGAUGCGUGUCUGCCCGUGUUAUGGUCAAUGGACAUUUCCUAUGUGACCUGGGUAAGACUUGCAAUAAAUAACUGGUAUUUAUGUUGAAAUUAUAUUUUUAAUGUGCUGAUAUAAAAUCAGUGACCCCUGGUGUUGAAAAAAAAAUGUAAUAAUGAUUUUGAUAAUAACAAUGUAUUAUCAUUUAAGUUGUAUUUGUGAAUAUCGAGUGAUAAUGUAUCUGUUUAUCAAAACAUUAGAUUUUCUUUUAGUUCAUCAAGUUCAGUAUCUGCUGAUGUGCUGUUUAAUGUAAUGUAAGGCCGAGGUCGCACAUACGGCGAUAGCGACGUAGCGGCGACGCGAAGGACAAAUAAAUUUUGAUUGUCGUCUCUGCACUGCGGUCGCCGACAUAUGUUUAUGUGAGUUUGUUUCAUCUAAAUCGCCGUCGUAUGUUACUCGCCGUACCAGUGUGGCCCCGUCACAACGCAUUUUAUCAAAGGUUUUUAACCCACUGAUUGUUAAUUCUUUUAAAUUUUAGAAAAUACUAUUAAAAAUUUGUUAUUGCGUGUAAAUAGUUUUAGCUAAUAAUAUACACAUUUUUUU